UUGCGUACGGCGGCACAGUUGGGUAUAGUUGCGUACAGUCGCGCGCCGGCCGUCCCGCGAACCGCAGCGACUACAUGCGGCAGUCGCGAUCGUGGCACUGAGCCGAUAAGCUCGUGUUCGGGGCACAAAAAAGUCGAAAAGACAGCCAUAUAUAUUGAAGGAAGGAAAGAAAAAAUAAUAAUAAAAAGGAGUAACGCUCGCUCGGGCGCGGGGCGUUCUCGUCGUGUGGUGCAUGCGUGCCCAUUUUUUUGUGCGCGUGUUUGUGUAUAACAGUGCGCGCUCUAAUUGUGCGUGUAUUGUGCGAUCCGUGAUGAAUAAUAAUUGGGGAAAUAAAAACUUUAAAUCGAGGUAAACGGAAAACGCGGUCGGAGCAAAUUGGAAAAUUAUAAAUGAAUAAAAAUUAAUAAUAAUCGUAAACAUAAAGCAAGACGAGUGCGCGACGGAUAAUAAAAAAAUAAAAUUCUCGUUAAUAAACGCGAUGAAAUAAUAUUGAGUCAGAGAUUAAUAUAACGUCGUCGAAUAAGGUCCGUCGAGGGUGAAAAAAGUUGAGCGGACUGAACGGGGACCAAUUGCGAAAUAAUUCAACGUUUAUCGUCCAUUUAUUUUUUCAUUUCUUUCUCCUUCUUUUUAUUCGUGAGAUAAAUAAAGAUUUUAGGACGAGCGACUAAUAAAAAAUGAUAAAUUCCAAGUGUGCAGUUUUCGGUUUAACCGGUUCCUACGCCGUAGUCAUUAUUUUCUCUUGUUUGUUGAUCGAAGGAGCUUUUUCGAGAUCAACGAGAUCCACCGAUAGGCACGACAAUUCCACCGGUCGGUGUGACGCUGUAAAAGCUAUUUUUGAAAACACAAAUGUCACCUAUUCGGACUUUGACACUUCAAAAGAUGCCUCUGGUACAGCUGACAGUACCUGCGGCGGGCCGUGUUGCAAUCGGGAAACCGAGGACAGACUGCGACAUCAGGCUAGAGCCGAUUUCCACAAUUUGAUCCACCACCAUAGCCGAACGCUUCAGGGAUUACUCGCCACAACUGCGGGCGCACUCAGAGACACAGUGACGGGGCUGGCGCGGCAAUCGGAGAACAAAACGUUGAAUUUGUUCGAGCAGGUGUAUCGUUCGAUGGCGGUACUGAGCAGACCCUCGAUAAAGGCUCUUUAUCAGGCAAUGGUGGAUUACGUGUCGCCGGCCAACACCCCGGACACGUUGCAGCAGCCGCUGACUCGUGAAAUGCUCCAGGAACGUUUCAACGAGUUUUUCACGCGUCUAUUCCCGAUCGCGUAUCAUCACGCGAUAAAUCCUCGUCAGCAUGACUUCACCGAGAAAUUCAAGAGCUGCCUGUACGAAACAAUCGAAGAGAUUCAGCCUUUCGGUGACAUACCGAAACAAAUAUCGCGCAGCGUAGGAACGAGCCUCGAAGCGACGAGGGUACUCGUCCAGGCACUUACCCUCGGCCGAAGGGUCCUCGAUCGCACCGACAGUGUACUCUUUUACGGCACGAGUCCCCAGCAGGCCGCUUGUUACGAAGCUCUCUUACGAAUGACCUACUGUCCCAAGUGCGCCGGCAUCGGAUCUUCCGUCAGACCUUGCGGCGGUCUCUGCACCAAUGUCAUGAGAGGGUGCUUAACGGAACCCGCUUCGGAAUUGGAUCUCGCGUGGUCCGGCUACGUCGAAACGGUCGAACGGCUCGUCGUCGCUGUGGACGGUAGAACGGACCCACUCGGGCUGAACGCCGAGCGGGCGGUCAGGCAGCUCGAGACCCGCAUCUCCGAUGCCAUUAUGCACGCCAUGGAAAACGGUCCGGCCCUCGAGGAAAAAGUGCGGAAAGUUUGCGGACGCGCAGUUUUGCAAUCGUCGCCACCCUCGUCAAACAUGGAGGAAUCGUCCUCGGAUGUAUUUCCUCAUCAAUCCUCGAGUCAAUCUCACAAAGGAUUGCCCACGCAGUUGCACGCGCAGCUCGGUAACUUUUUGGCGAGUGUCGUGAGAUCUCGCACCUUUUAUGGGACACUAGCCGACGCUAUAUGCGAGGAAUAUCCUGACAAACGUUGCUGGAAUGGCGAACGAGUUGGCGAAUACACGAAAACCGUGGUCGACUCGAGUCUAACCGCGCAGCGAUAUAAUCCCGAAUUCACGAUGCCCGUCACUGCCGCGACAACGACCUCCUACGGGAACGCCAACACGAACGAACUCAUCGACCAAUUGAGGCACAUCAAUCAGGUGGUGCAGUCACAAUUGGCAUCAGCACCUGACAGCGGAGUCCUACUUUCGGACGAAGCCCUCGACGGUUCCGGGAGCGGUUCCAGACCUAAUGGGAGAAAAAAAAGUGGCUUCUAUGGGAACGGUGGCAAGAGUCAGAAUUGCCCGGACUGCGAGGACGACGACAGCUCCGUUGACGAGGACGCGGAAGGGGAAGGCUCCGGCGAGCCGGGAUCGGGAACCGAACCGCCACACACCGCGGAAGAUCCGCGAGAAAUGGAGCCAGUACCGGGCAGCGGAGCAACGAAGAUCGUCUUGACGCCAUUAACUAUUUUGGUGCUCGCGUCGUUCUCCAUUCGCGCUUAGAGGAGCGCUGCUCCGAAGACCGGAAAUGACGGUGGUUGACGACAAAAAGGAUGGAGGGAAGAGGAGAGAGAGAGAAAAAGGCGCUUGCUCGAUGAUAAAUGGCGUCGAGGAGGUCGACGGAAGUUUCGCGUACGAGAUGGCCGGAAGAUGAAGAAGAAACGGAAGAGAAAAAGACGCGAGAAAGACUCGUGCUUUUCGGCUCGUUAACGAGAGAACUGCCAUUAAAUGGCCUCACGCUGCUUCCCGAAUAUUUAUUUAUCCUUUCCCUCGUAUCUGCUGCUGCUCGAUAUAUAAACGAAGCGAAGCGAAAAAUUACGCUCCUCCAAGUGCCUGCGCGCGCGAUCGUUUUCAAAAAUAUUUAUUUACCGUUGAAAAAUCGUGAGAACGACGUUCUCGCUUGAAGCAAUGGAAAAGGAAAAUAAAACCGGAACUACGAAUCGCGAUACUUUUCCACCGACGUGAAAUUUUCGUCCGCGCAAAACCCGAUGAAAGUAUCGAAACACAACGCUCACCCGACCGAGCCGGACUCUCCCCCGUCAACUUGCUUCGUUCCAGGCGAAAGAGAUGACCCUUCCCGUCGCUUCCGGUCAAUGUUUCUUUCCCCUCUUGCUCUCUCCGUAUUCGCCAGCGCUGCGGACAUUCGCCGAGUCAGAGACAGCGCAUGCCAUAAUUUAAUGUUAACUGCCAAAAUAUGUCAAUCGAACGGGGCGGUGUCAAGUUCGAAAGGUGCUGUCGUCAAAGUCAUUUUUUUCUCCAAUUUUCCUUCUCCAUUUCUUCCCCUCCCUACAUUUCUCUAUUUCACUCAUUUUUAUUAUAUUUUUUUCUACUUGCAAAUGUAUUCUCUUUUUUCAUCGCUCGCCCCCCUUUCUCGACUUUCUUCUGUGUAAUUCCUGUACAUGUGCCACAGACCAGCAUACCUUAUUACGUUUCCGGUCUCGAACUCCGUUUUUCUUCCAGCGUGACGAGACCCCCGGUCGACCACGCUCCUCUCAAUUUACUAAUUUCCACUCCUUUACCCUUCUCUGUCCUACUCUUUCGCUCUCAUCUCUCCUCGUUUAUACAAUCAGUCCGUUUCUCCACAAUUAUUUACGUUUAUACGCCUAUCUUUUUCUACUAUUUAACGUCCUUUUUUCUCUCAUUUUAAUAUAAUUUUAAAAAUUUGUGCCUUUCGAGAGAGAGAGAGAGAAAACGAAACGACGAUUGGCCGCGACCCUCGUGGUCGCUAGCGUAUUACGAAGAUUAUAUAACGAAUGUAUAGAACUGUACGUGCGAGUACGUGAAAAUUCCGAUUCCAACGAGAUUUUUAAUCUCAUUUGUAGUGUCUUCGUAUUAUUUUUUGAUGGGCCAUAUUAAUGUAGCCGACUGUUAUUGAGGUAGCUACGAAUCAACGGCUUUCUUCUUUUUAUAUAAACUUUUGGCUCGAAAUGAGCUGAGCCAUCGGCGUCGUUGCAGUCACGCAAUUUUUCAGCUGGCACACUCUAGCCACAGUCGUGCAAACAGUCGAACUCUGAGAUUGUGAGAAUCGUGAAAGGUUUCUUUGAUAUCCAACUAAAUGAAUUAGUUUCCUAUCGAUUAAUACGUAGCUAUCUCAAAAUUUUGUACGUUACGACAAAAGAGAAUUUUCUUUCUUUUUUAUACCGCUGCGAACCGCGCGUUCAUUUGGAUGUACGAAAGGAGUUGUAGCUUCGGUAAGGAGUCCGUGGAUGUUGGUAUCGGAGUGUGUGGGAAUUAUUGCAAACUUUUAUCCUUUUCGUUUAUUUUCUUUUUUCUCUGUUUUCGUUACUACCAGCAUUCGAGAGCGUGACGAAGGAUAAUGAAUCGCAUCAUAGAUCAGUCGGAACGCGUGACUUUUGUAAUUUGUUGAAAUGGUGACAAGAGAAGGAGGAGAGAGAUGGGAAAGAGAGACGCAACAAUUUCGAUGGAGAAGGACACUCUGUGAGAAUAUACGUGGGUAUUUUAACGAGACUCGAGUCUCUCAAUUCGAGGCUCUCGUAAGAAUGAGAAAGAGAAUAAUGUGGACACGCGGGUCUCUUUCAAUUGCGCGUGAUCGUUUGAAAUUUGAAGUUUUAAUCGAGCAGCCAAUUGCCCCACGCGAAAUUGACUCGUCGCGCUGGCCACAAGAUUCUCUUUGUCGGAUGAGGAUAUUGGGCGUGUAAUAGCUCUAAUCGUUUCUCGCUCUCUUUGCCUGUUGAGCUCGCUCUUUUUUGCUCUCGUUGCUCGCGCGGCGAUCUCGCACGACACGUGGGACGUUUUGCAAACUAAGAUCCGCUCGCGAAAUUCGGGUGCGUGACCUCGCCAGUCAGGUUCUUCGGUUCAGUCCUCAUUUCCAGUCAUUCAGAUGCCAUGUGCUGGUUUUUUUUUUUUUUCCUUUUUUCGUUUUCUUUUUUCGUUAUUUCAUUUUGUCCUAUUCCACAUUUUAUAUCAUUUUUAUUCGAGAGCUGGCUUGAAAAAAAACAAAAAGAAUAACGUGAAAAGCAGAAAACGCUUGCAGAAUUCCCUCACGAGAGUCCUUAAUUAAAUUAAUUGCUGUAAAUCUAAUUGCGGAAGUAAGUGAAAAGUGCUCGGAUACGUCGACACAAAUUUAGCAAAUCUGAAUCGCACCAUUUGUCGUCGAGAAUCCAAAGGCGCGGUGCUAAAUCCACGGACCGAGAGAGAGGGAGAGGCAGAAGCGAAACAGAGCGAGAGAGUAAGUCAGAGUUAAAGCGUAAUCGAAUGAGAGAGAGAGAUUGAGAGAGCGGGAGUACGUGAAGGAGGAAGAAAAUACGUUGAAGCGAGAGAACGAAAGGAGAAAAGUUAAAAGAUUGUACAUAGGGAAUGCGUGCUGUAUUUAUAUAUUAUACAAUUAUAAAAUAUUAUUAUUAUUAUUAUUAUUAUUAUUAUUAUUAUAUAUUGAACUAAACGAACCUAGCGAUAAGAGAAGAAGAAAAAUAACAAAAGAAAAAAGAAGCAGAGAUUUUUGAAGAAUUAUGGGACUGUGAGAAGCGAAGUCACGACGGUUCGAGGCCUCAAUCAACGAUGGUGUUUAAAUAAUGAUUUGUUUGUGAAGAUCAUGAUAAAAUGAUGUUGCGAGAUGCGUUGAUGAGCAGUGUAUAUCGUUGGGCCAUGUUAGGCUACCGAUUGCUCGAGGUCAGCGAACCCGAGAUCUACGCUUUCUUCGCCUUCGCCAAAUAAUUCGCAAAUCCGGCCUGAAAGUCUGCGCGACGAUGCACAACUCCCCGAUUAUUCAAUUAUUAAUAUUCAUUUCUUCAAAAUUGUUUGUUCUUUGCUCUCUAAGCUCCUUGUCGAAACGAUCCGGUGAUUGGCAAUAUUACGAUUGGCUCAUUCCGAAGAGUAUAAUCAACCAGUGAAGAAAAAAAAAUGACAAACACACACACACACACACACAGACAAACAAUGUAUGAUAAAUAUUAUUCAUUAAUUCACGUGUCGACGAUGAUGCGUAAAAUUAUUUUUCGAGCCUAACGAAUUUAGAUCGAGGGAGGCGGGACCUCGGAAAUGCAUGUUAUUGUUUUUAUUGUCUGUAAAAAAAAUGACGAUCAUGUGGCCAUUUAUUUGUGAACGAAAGUGAGAAGAGAGAGGGGGCGAGUCGAUCAAUAAUUAAUCGAUUUCGUGAUGCUCCGUAAAACGGAGGGAUUUGCCAGAAGCAUAAAAACGGGGAUUAAAAUGGGUAAACCCGUUCCGGCACACGUAAAAAUCUAUCGAAAGAUUACUCCUUCAUCCUCGAAUUCGUGUCGCGAGGAACCGCGCUAAAAAAACCCAAAACAAAUGACAGUCCAUGAACAAGUGGUUUGAUUAUUAAAAAAGUGCUUUCGAGAAAAAAAAAAAACUAAAUUAUUAUAAUAUUUACUUUCGGUAUCACUUUCUCUCGCAGUUUUCUCCUUCGUUUGUCCCUUUAGAUAUUUAAGCUUUUACGUAACGUUAGUUUUCAAGCCUACUACGUUUGGCGGACGUCUGUGAUUAUUAAAAAAAAAAAAAAAAAAAAAAUAAUAAAUAAAUAAAAAAAAAACGAAGAAAGAAUGAAAAAAAGGUAAUAAAAUGAAAUGUAACGCAUGCACAUACACACACGUAACUGAAAAGAAGAAAAAACAAAUAUAAAUUCAACGUGAUGACAGAUCGGAAGAAUAAUAGAAAAGAAUAAAAAAUAAAAAAAAAAAAAAAACACAAAAAAUUAUUG